GUCAAAGGGCUGCAAAACGCACAAUAAUAAUAAUUAAAAGUCACUAUCGCAGUGGAUCUGCAAAAAGGAGUGGAAAAAACAGGACUCGCAGGAAAAGGGCUCUACUUCGCAUCGGAAAUGGGGGCAGAAACAAUGCUGCUCCCGCAUUAAUCAAUAAUCUCUGGAGAAUACUCAACCUUCUAUCCUAUACUCAGUGGGUGCUAAUCGUGAAGUAAACAUGAUCAUGCCGUCGCAUGACUCCCGUUGGGGUUGAAUCGUAACCUCGAAUCGACGAGCGAAAUCUGGUCCCCGUUCCUUGGAGUGUUUCCGUACGUUCCUGUUCUCCCGUGUGUUACGAAAGAGGUUUGCCAAAGAGUGCUGGUCAGGUCCUUGGUGCACAAACACACACGCUGGUCUAACUAUAGCCCACCUCAGUGGAAAGGUCAGCACCAUGGCUUCCACGAUGCAGCUGGAGUUUUCACAGGCCAUGUCCGACUUUAAAAACAUGUUCCCGGACAUGGACAGGGACGUGAUCGAGGCGGUACUGCGCGCCAAUCAGGGUGCAGUCGAUGCGACCAUCGAUCAGCUGCUUGCCAUGAGCACGGACAAUCAGAACGAAAAGCUGCGUCACGAGCUGGAAACGGACGGCAGUGGACUGCGCUCGGGCAGUGCCAUUAAUCAAGCGAACGAUCGGCCACUGCUCGAUCUGACCAGCGACGUACCAGCGAGCGGUGAGCGAUCGGACCACCGAUUUCUCAGCACAUCGCCGAACGCAACCGCCAGCUCAAUCGUUGCGCAACAGCUGGGCGCUUCGCCAAAAGUACGCAAACCACCGGCGGCCGGCAGUGCGACCGGAAGCGCCACCAACAGUCCCCGCAUGCACGCCGGACAGCAGCUAAGAGGCGAUGCAGCGGGCGCUGAACGAUCGGCCGGCUUUUCUUCCACCACGGCCACCAUGAACCGUCGCUGGAAUCCACCGCUAGUGGGACCGCUGCCACCGACCUUUUUACGGCUCGGUGGAACGACCGGUGGUGGUACGAUCGGGCCGGACGGAACGUACCGAAGCACCGAGUUCGAUCUGGGCGAUGAACAGUUCGCGAUGAUGCUGCAGAACGAAGAGUUUAUGGCGGAGCUGCGAUGGAAUCAGGAGUUCCUGUCGGCGCUGGAAAAGGACCACCAAGGUAAGGUGCAGGAUGAUGCCGCGUUCAAGGAACGGUUGCGCCACAUGGGUAAGGUGUCGCGCAAGAAGUUCGCCCAGCUGGCGCGCGUCUUUACGUGGCAGCGGGGUGGCAACAAGAAGGCUAGUGCCGUUCGGCAUCCGGACUCGUUGCUGCUGCAGGAAGAGCACAGCGACGACGAGGCGGAACCGAAGCGGGUUGCAUCGGGCAAAAAGUAGGCCGCCCGAUGCUGGGAUACGGUAGGCGGGAUAGGUUUUAAGACGCAGCGAUUAGGCCAUCGAGGCUCUACGCUAUGGAAAGGGUUCGUCGCUGCGGGGAAGCAAGCAAGCGAGCGAACCGAUACGUGACGGAGCACAGCAACAUUAGCAAUCGAUUUUAGAGUUUAAAUUUUUAAUUCUUACCCUGUAGUGUGUGCGUUGGGUACGUAUCCUCCCGCAGUGCGUACCAACUUCUCUGAAACUAGGCAAUGAAGAGACUGUGUGUUUUUUGUUGUAUUCCACCUUCUUCUUCCCGCUCUCUCUCCCUCUAUCUAUACAUACGCUCCCUUCCCGUGGAGGAAACCCAAAAAAAAAACACUUCCUACCUAUUCCUCUUCCUCUAUCGCCAGGUAACGUAGUAGACAGCACAUCACAUGCACAUCGUUGCUGGAGGGCGCGCGUUAGGGAUACGAACAGAGUCAAUAGAUGAGACUGGGAAAGCAUUUUGCAUUUCUACGUGUUUUGAUAGGUGUAGGUGUUAGCAGGCAAGGGCGAUGGCGCCGGUGAUAGUGUGCGGACGAUGGUGAUAAUCCGACGAGCCCCCAAUCCCUUCCUUUCGGGCUACUUUUAUUCCCCCCUAUUUGUUCAAAAUCUUUUAUAUUUAUUUGUAUAUAAUAAGUAAGUUUGUUUGUCGGUUUUAGCGCUUUGUUACUGUGCUGCUUGCCAUUAUGAUGGGUCGAAAUCCAACAAUCUCAGUUGCAAUCGGGUGCUUUUAAGCACUUUUUAAAAAACGUGUAUUUAUUUUACUCUAGUAAGAUUAACUUAAGAAACGCAAGAUCAAAUGUUUCAGGUCAAUAGUUUAACCCUCAUGUUUGGUGCUUGUGUUGUGUUUUCCAAUCAAAAUUGUUGUUAUCCAGAUGUAUUUCAUUUCAUUCUCCCUUUUAGCAGUAGAAUGCAAAUUCUGUUAGCUUUGAACGAGGUUGGGGCAAACACCAUCAUAUAAUAAGAAGAAAAAAAAAAGAAAAUUGAAAAAAAAACAUGAAAAAAAAGCGAAAGGAAAACUAUAAGAGAGGAAGAAGAGUAACGAAAAACAUUUACAUACAUAUUUAAAUGAAAAACAAAUCUAUAUACAAACACACACAUAUAUAUACUUAGAUGGAAGAAAUUAGGGUAAACUUAAAUGAUGAUAAACUAGAAAGAGAGAACGAGAAAGAGAGAGGGAAAAAGGAAGAACAAAACAACUAACAUUGUGAACGCAACCAAGGUACUAGUCAUACAGCACGAAUCGAAGGAAGAAAAUCAAGAUGAAAAUAGGAAUGGAAAACUCCUUCCCCUCUCUCUCUCUCUCUCUGCCAUCGAACAAUAUGCCACCAAAAACAGUCUUUAGUCGAAGAAGUAUAGUGGACAGUAGCCACAGAGAAACGCAUACAUUUCACCGCAAUCGAUAGUGCAAAAUGGAAAAA